AUGUCUACCACUCAACGGAGUGAAAAUAUGCAUGCAUUCUUUGAUGGGUAUGUAAAUUCUAAAACCACUUUGAAACAGUUUGUAGAACAGUAUGAGAAUGCACUAUGUGAUAAAGUAGAAAAAGAAAAUGAGGCUGAUUUUAGAUCAUGGAAAUCAUGGAUUCCUUGCAUAACUGGUUAUCCAAUGGAGAAACAAUUUCAGGAGGCAUACACGACCGCAAAAUUCAAAGAGUUUCAACAAGAGCUUACUGCUAAGUUGCAUUGUGAGAUAUCUUCUUUCCGAGCCACUAAAUCUGAAAUAGAAUAUAUUGUAAAGGAAGUUGUCGGGGUUGGGGAGACGUGUCGUAGUGUGCCUUUUGUGGUUUGCUAUGAUGAUCGUGGUUGUGAUGUUCGUUGCAACUGUCGAUUGUGGAGGAAAAAUGUAUAUAGAUGCCACACGAAGAUUAGAGUUAGUUAUAAUAGUUGGAGCACGACUGUUGAAGGAGAACGGUUUGAUCAGUUGUCUAAUUCAUUCUCUGAGGUGGCUGAUUUAGCCUCAACCAAUAUUGAUGAUAGUAAUAUGGUGAUGCAUAUGAUUACUGACAUGAAGAAGAAAUUAUUGUCAAAUGAACGUGCUGGUGGGAUUGAUAGACAUGAUGACAUGUCAUGUCACAGUGGAUCAAAUUUUGAUAGUGUUCAUGCGAAUUCCACAGAGACAAGCAAUAAAAUUUUAACUCCCUUGGAUGUUCGUUGCAAAGGUCGACCUCCAUUCAAAAGGAAGCAAUCAAAGCUCGAACAAAAUGUACGUAAAGGUAAACAAAAGAAAUUUCAUGAAAAAGUGUGUGCUACGACAUCCUUGAAUCGAUUGUAUGAUGGGGGUUCCCAAGAAACCAAGCAAGCAAAUGAACCUUUUCAAGAUGCGAUUAACUUCCAAGGAUGUGAAAAAGGAGUUCAUAUAUUAAAUAAGAAUUACAGUGAAAGGUCAGUCACUUAUAGGUUGUAUCCAGCAGAUUCAAGCUUAUGA